GUUGACAAGAAUUGGAGUGUUUUUGGUUUGGCGGUGUCGUUUUUUUUCGGAGGCUAAGAUGAAAGUGCUGUGGAUCACCUUCGCUGCGAUCGCGAUAGCCGAAGGAUUCUAUUUGCCACAGGAGAGCUUCUAUGAUGAGUCAUAUCAGAGUCCGGAGUAUUACGAAGCACUUCCGGAAGUGAGUGGAGAUGAUUGGUUCCUCCAAAUGGCACGGAUCACUUACGAUUGGUUGGAUUAUUAUGCUCCGUUUCUGGAUGAACAACCUCGUUAUAUGAGCUUUGUGGCUCCACAAAAGUCUCUUAUUGACUAUACUCCAGUGCAGCCAGGAUCUUCCGAAAGGCCGAACGUUUUCGUCGAAGGCCAAGGUUAUACCACGAACAGAUACGUUGCGCCGAAAAUGGUGAAACGAUACUUGGCCAUGAACCCGCGGUAG